UAGUGAAUGGCAGUGGCCAGCGUGCCCCACCCCAGCCGUCUGCCUGCAUUCACUUCAUCCCUCCGCCUCGCCAUUCACAGUUUCUCGCCCCUAGUCGAGGCUCGGGAGCUGUGUGUAUGAGCAUAAAUGCCGGUGUAGUGAGGCUGGAGAGAACAGCUUAGCUUCCACAGCUGUGUUCUCAGCCUGUGUUCAGACAGACCUCAUCCAGUUCAGAGGAGACAGACCACCGUGGGAGAAGCUCCAGCUAGUCGAGAUGGCUAAAGCUGACCACCGUUUUGGCCAGAGGGAUGGCUCUGAUCAGAACUUUGAUUACAUGUUCAAGCUGCUCAUCAUUGGCAACAGCAGUGUGGGCAAAACCAGCUUUCUGUUCAGAUAUGCAGACGAUUCCUUCAGCAACUCCUUCGUCAGCACGGUCGGCAUCGACUUUAAAGUUAAGACUGUUUACCGGAACGACAAGAGAGUCAAGCUCCAGAUUUGGGAUACUGCUGGUCAAGAGCGCUACAGGACCAUCACCACGGCCUACUACAGAGGAGCUAUGGGUUUCAUUCUCAUGUAUGACAUCACCAAUGAGGAAUCGUUUAAUGCAGUGCAGGACUGGGCAACCCAGAUUAAAACUUACUCGUGGGACAACGCUCAGGUUAUUUUAGUGGGGAAUAAAUGUGACAUGGAUGAUGAGAGGGUCAUACCUAUGGAGAAAGGCAAGCACUUGGCUGAUCAAUUAGGAUUUGAGUACUACGAGGCAAGCGCCAAAGAAAACAUCAAUGUCAGGCAAGUGUUUGAGCGCCUGGUGGACAUCAUCUGCGUGAAGAUGUCUGAGCGAGUGGACGCAGACCCGUCUAUGGUGACUGGAGCAAAGACCACUCGGCUUACUGAUAAACCUGCGCAACUACCUCAGAAUUGCUGCUGAUUUAAUCUAUUUAAGAUGCAGUCAUACACUAAUCUAUCACAUAUAGACCCCUCUCUCUGUCGGCUUUUCAUUCUCAUUUCAUUUCCAUCAACACUGACCUUUACUCCAUCUUAAAUAUGUAGAUUACUGGUACUGCCAUGUCAUCCCUUUGAGCACACAUCUGACUGUGGAUCAGUUUGAAGUCAAAGCAGGGACUACAGCAAAGCACAAAACUGAAUCUUAGGCACUUGUUCACUGCCAGAUACAGAUAUGAAGCAUCUCUCGUGAGUAAAAUCAAGCAUCUACAAGUGUAUUAAUAUAGCCUAAUCGGUGCUUUAUGAAAAAAAAAGAAAAUGUGAAGCUUCUUAAUGUGUGUACAAUCUCUGCUCCUUUUCCUUAAUUGUUGCUCGGUGAAAGAGGCACAAGUGUAACCUAAACUCAGACGACUGCAGAGUGGCCAUAACUACGGUAUAUUAUGCACAAUAAUGGUCAGUUCUGUAUUUUUUAUGGUGGUUUCGAUGUUCUGGUUUUUAACUUGGGCAGAACUACUGGCAGUUGGGUUCCUUCUAAUAUCUAUGAUGGGCACAAAUGUGUUUUUGGACAUGGAGCACUUUGCAAACGACCUCUGUCGAAUAUAUUGUGAUUUAGAAGUAGUUUAGUACUGAGUCAGGGUGAAUAGCCUGUGUCUUACAAAAACAACAAUCCAUUCAGGGGCUGGAUUCACAAAGCUUUCGUAAGAAAAAACUAAGCAGAGUUAAAAAAAAAAUAGAAGUUCUCAAUAAUUCUCUUUAAAAAAUUCUAUUAUCAUAAAAUCUUCUAAAGACAUACUUCAUUGUAUUCCUUUGCAAACAUUUGUUUUUAUCAAACUGCAUUUAACAGCUUGUCUUAAAUGACACAAAACUAUUUUUUAAUCUUUCAUUAUUAAGUUAAAUAAGGAAGAAAAAAGAGGAGCUGAAGUGAUGGAGUAGGAAACAAAAAUCCUCCCCCUGUAAAACUAUGAGAAGUGUGGCAUGAUGUUUAAAAUGAUUUUCCUUGCAUAGAAACUAACAGUACAUUAAAAACAAUCUCCACUGUUAAUUAAUUUUAAUUUGACAAUAAUUUGGCAAUUCAGCACCUUAAAAUGAUUAUUUUAAACUGAGACUUCUUAGAGUCUAAGACCAGCGUAAUUGUUUGUAUUGUAUAAUUUUUUAAAAAACAGUUGUAUUUAGAUCAAUGUUAAGAAAUGCUCUAAGAAAUGUUACAAUGAAUUAAAGGAAUGAAUUGAAGAUGAAUUAAAACAAAAUUUUAGAAAAAAGAAACACAGGGAGCUGAAUAAGAAUAAUAUGAAUUCCUUUGAUCUAAAACAUGAUCUGUUAUGUUUUAUGUGCCAAUUCUUGACCCUGUCUGGUAAAGGACCCUAGCUGGCACAUGGGUGUUUUAUAAAGCCAGUAGCUAGCAUGCUAAUUCCAGGUAGCAGUGUUUGAUAAGGCAAGUAGCCAACAACAAGUAAGCGAAAAUGUCUCUUACAGGCAAACAAAGACACAUAAGAAAAAUUACUUUCUGAAGACACUUUUGUGACACUGGCCCCUUCACUUUUACAAUCUAAAUCUAGUGUAUAAAUAUUUUGGAACACUUACUGUUCUUAUUUUUCUUAAGAGAAAUAUUACAGUAAAAAUAAAUACCUUUAUUAUUUAUCAUUACUUUUUUAAGUAUAAAGUUAAAAAAGCACACCUAAAAACAAUUUUUUUCUUAAGACACUUUUGUGAAUCCCGCCCCAGAUUUGUUUUAUUGCAUACAAGUGAGUAUUCUGUUGUGGAAUAAAUACAUAUAUGUAUAAAUAUUUAUACGUUUAGUGUGUAUAAUGAACUGUACAUCCAGCUGUCAGGCGGCAUUCGGGUCGUAACUUCAUGUAUUUAUGCUUCACUCAACAACACUUCAGAUUAGCAAUGGCAGAUUAAAAAUGAAAACCUUUAGAGAUGCCAGUACAUGUAUAUUAUAUAACUCAUUGUGCCACAAUUUGUAUCUCAGAAAAGUAGCAGAUCCUCGUGGAGCUAUAUGUGUAUCACAUACAAUACCUUUUUAAUCACGUGAUGUUAAAUAUUUACAACUGAAUGUUUUCUGUAAGUACUUUGAAAUUUUAUUUUAAAUGAGAUAUUUGUAAUUCAGAUGUUAUAAGCUAUCAGACUGGUCUUUGCUGAGUAGAUCUUUAUUUUUUAUGCUGCCACAACCUAUGCUGGGAACAUAUAGAUGUACUGUAACCUUGCUGUCAGUGAUUUUUGACUGGUAGAGAAUUUGCACAGGGACGUAAAGUGAUUGUACAGAUCAUUGUAAGGUCCGUUUUAGAUGCAAUUUGUAAAAAUAAAAGUAUCAAUCAUACCACA